CCGCCAUCCCGCAGCGCUCUUUCCUUCCACUCUCUGUCCCCUCCCUCUAUCGGGGCCACCAUGUCCCAUCCCAAGGGCAAGGCGGGGGGGUCCCAGCCGCCGGCCUUCACGGCACAUGAGAUGGAGUGCAAGAUCUGCUACGAGCGCUUCGACGGCCGCACCCGCCAGCCCAAGCUGCUGGCCUGCAGCCACCGGGUCUGCGCCAGGUGCCUGAGCCAGAUGGCGGACGUCGGCGAGUCCCCCGGGUGCAUCAGCUGCCCCUUCUGCCGCCAGGAGACACCGGUGCCGGAGAAGGACGUGGCGCGUCUCCCCGAGGACGGGCAGGUGCUGGCGGCGCUGGGCAGCCGAGAGCGGGCCCGGAAGCCGGGGGCGCCCAGCCGCUCCCCCGAGGUGCUCCUGUGCCCCAGCAUCCUGGAGCCCUUUGCGGACGGCAAGCACAGCUCCUCGGACUGCCUGGUCAUCACCCUCCUGGAGAUGCCCGAGGACUUGGCCGCUCCCGACGGGGUGGGCGUCCUGGAUGUGAUGCGGCUCUACCGCCCGCCCAGCCUGGCCUCACUGCCCUGCCACGCCUCGCUGGCCAAGUGCCAGUCAUGCCGCGGCGCCUGGCGCGCCAUCCCUCGCUUCCUCGUGGGGGUGCUCUGCCUGGUGUACUUCAGCUCCCUGCCGCUGGGCAUCUACCUCCUCCUUGUGGAGCGCCUCCACCUGGGCAUCGCCUUGGUGAGCCUGGUGCCCUCCACCCUCGUGGCCUGCGUCUUCUACAGCCUCUGCCAGUGCAUGUGCCACAGACUCUUCGACUUGCCCUCUUGAGCCGCCCAGCGGCCUGCCUGUUGGGGAGGGGGAGUCCGGAGGACAGGGGUUUUCCACAGGCCCCCGCAAGACUGCCUGCUCUCAGAGGCCCCUGCACACUGGGCUCCCCAGCCCCAGC